GCCACUUUCCUUAACGAGAAUAGUGAUGGCUACAAACAGUAUUUAGCCAAUACAUUUUCUGUAUUGUAUUGAAGCCGUAAUACAAUCUAGCACAUGAAGUGAGAGGGGUUAUAUUAUUAUUUGGAAAUAUAUAUUAAAUUAUAAUUAUGUCAAGUAAAAAACGUGAACAUGAAGAUAGUGACGCGGAAGAUAAUUGGAUUGGGCCGUUACCUUCGGAAGCUGCACCACAGAAAAAACAACGAAUCCUAGAAUACGAGCAGGUGUACAUAGAUAACCUACCAUGUUGUGAGUGUUACGAGAAGUCUUACAUGCACAGGGACGUCAUUACUCAUAUCUUAGUGACAAAGUCGAACUUUGUGAUAACUGCCAGUUGCGAUGGACAUGUCAAAUUUUGGAAAAAACAAGAAGAGUUGAUAGAGUUUGUGAAACACUUUCGGGCACAUUUAAUGGUAAUACAAUCAAUAUCUACCAGUUGCAAUGGUGUUCACAUGUGUUCAGUCAGCAUAGACAAAACUAUGAAAAUAUUUGAUGUCAUUAAUUUUGAUAUGAUUAAUAUGAUAAAAUUAGACUUUAUACCACUUUGUGCUGAAUGGAUAUAUUCAGCUGGCGAUGCAAUUGCUGCUGUGGCAGUUUCCUCACAGGAAUCAAAUAAAAUAUACAUCUAUGAUGGUCAGGGAACUAGCACACCUCUGCAUAUAAUCGAGAAAUUACACACUAAAUCUGUCAUCAUCAUGAAAUAUAAUCCCGUCUACGAAACAUGCAUCUCUGUCGACAAGGCAGGCAUACUGGAAUACUGGACGGGCCCGAAAACUGAGUACAAAUUUCCCAAAUGCAUAUCGUUUGAAUCGAAGCUGGACACCGACUUAUUCGAGUUUGCUAAGAACAAGACUUACCCAUGCGGCUUAGCAGUGUCGCCUGACGGUAAACGAUUUGCAUCGCUCAGUGGUGACAGGAAAGUUCGGGUCUUUAAUUUUCGGACAGGUAAGCUGUACAGGAUAUUCGACGAGACGCUCCAGAGGUUUACAGAACUGCAGAAAACUGUACUGCAACUCCCAAAUAUGGAGUUUGGACGCAGACUAGCGGUCGAAAGGGAAUUGGACAAGACUGAAAUCAACCUUGGGAAUAUUAUUUUCGAUGAAUCUGGUUAUAUCAUUUUAUAUUCGACGAUGUUGGGAAUCAAAAUGGUGAAUCUUUACACGAACCGUUGUAUCAAAAUCAUGGGGAAGCCAGAAAACAUACGACCGAUGCAGCUAGCACUGUUCCAGGGAAAAGCGAGGAAAACCACCGCCGCGUUGACCGUCGAGAUGGAGGCUUCCGAGAACCCUACGAUAGAAAUGAACCGGCCGGACCCGACGUUGUUCUGCACGGCUCACAAAAAGAAUCGCUUUUACAUGUUCACGAGACGUGAACCGGAGGACACGAAGAGCCAGGAAUGCGACCGAGACGUUUUCAACGAGAAACCAUCGAAGGAAGACAUCAUAUCUUCCACUGAGACCACGAACAUGCAGAAAAUAUACGACACUGCGAUUAUCCACACGGCGCUCGGCGACAUCCACGUAAAUCUCUUCGGCAAGGACGUUCCUAAGACAGUCGAGAACUUCUGCGUGCACGCGAAGAACGGCUACUUCAACGGUCAUAUAUUUCACCGAGUCAUCAAGGGUUUCAUGAUACAAACGGGCGAUCCCACCGGUACCGGUACCGGUGGCGAAAGUAUAUGGGGAGGAGAGUUUGAGGACGAAUUUAGACCGAACCUGAAGCACGACAGACCGUACACUUUGAGCAUGGCCAACGCGGGUGCGAACACGAAUGGUAGUCAGUUCUUCAUCACGUUGACGCCGACGCCUUGGCUAGACAAUAAACAUUCCGUUUUCGGUCGAGUUCACAAGGGCAUGGAGGUUGUACAGAAUAUCAGCCAAGUGAAAACGAAUCCGAAGACCGACAAGCCUUACGACGACAUACGUAUAGUCAGCGUCACUGUAAAAUAGUUUUAUAAAAUAUACAUUCUGCACGUGGAGUUUGUACAAAG